CCUCCUCCUCUGGGAGGCUGGGUCGGGGGCCGGCUGACUGUGCCUACUUAAUGUGGAAGGUCCGCUUGCAGACCGUCACAACUAAUCAUCGUGCUGAACACGCAAACACAUUGUCGCCAAAACUUUACAUGAUCGACGAGAAUUAAACAUGGCAGAGGAGGACUUUGUAUAUGAGCUGUUUUUCGACAACAGCACUGACAACAACUCUGAGGGGUCUGGAGACUUUGACCUAAACAUCCAGGAGCCAUGUGGUCAAGCGCUCAGCAGUAACUUCAACAAGAUCUUCCUCCCAACGGUUUAUGGAAUAAUAUUUGCCCUGGGGAUUGUCGGCAAUGGACUGGUCGUUGUCGUCAUGGGUUACCAGAAGAAGGUCAAAACUAUGACGGAUAAGUACCGGCUCCAUCUCUCCGUUGCAGACCUCCUGUUUGUCCUCACGCUGCCUUUCUGGGCCGUGGACGCUGUCAAGACGUGGUACUUCGGAGGCUUCCUCUGCGUGUCAGUGCACAUGAUUUACACGGUGAACCUUUACAGCAGCGUCCUGAUCCUGGCCUUCAUCAGCUUGGACAGGUACUUGGCGGUCGUCCAUGCCACCAACAGCCAGGCCACAAGAAAGCUGCUAGCAAGCAGAGUGAUCUACGUCGGAGUGUGGCUGCCUGCUGCCAUCCUGACUGUGCCUGACCUGGUGUUUGCCCGAGUCCAGGAUGUACAAGAUGUAAGCUCCUCCAGCUACCUCUUCAUGGAGGACAGCAUGGAGAGUGCCAGUUCUAGAACAAUCUGUCAGCGCAUCUACCCAGUGACAAGCAGUCUGAUAUGGACAGUGGUUUUCCGCUUUCAGCACAUCCUGGUGGGCUUCGUCCUACCCGGACUGGUCAUCCUCAUCUGCUACUGUAUCAUCAUCUCCAGGCUCUCCCAAGGUGCCAAGGGCCAGGUGCUGAAGAAGAAAGCUCUGAAGACGACGGUAAUCCUCAUCAUUUGCUUCUUCAGCUGCUGGCUGCCCUACUGCAUUGGCAUCUUUGUCGACACCCUUAUGAUGCUGAACGUUGUGUCCUCUAGCUGCGAGCUGCAGCAGGCAGUGGAGACGUGGAUCUCCAUCACUGAAGCACUGGCCUACUUCCACUGCUGCCUGAACCCCAUCCUCUAUGCCUUCCUGGGUGUGAAGUUCAACAAAACUGCCAGGAGCACGCUCACGAUCAGCAGCAGAUCGAGCCAGAAAGCGACUCUCAUGACCAAAAAACGAGGACAGAUUUCUUCUGUGUCCACAGAGUCCGAGUCUUCCAGCGUUUUGUCAAGUUAACCGACAGUCAAUGUUGGGAGUUCUUGACUUUAUACACUCAGGAGAGACUAAAAAAACUAAGCUUUAUUUGAAUGAACUUACUACAUUUUGUACAAAUGUAAAGAAAAAAAUAUCGUUUUUUUGGGGUUUUUUUUUUUUACCUGGGCCUUUGCAUGCCUUGAAAACUGCAACUGUGUGUUUUUGUUACAUUUCCUCCCAAUUGUUUGGCUCCUUAAGUAGCAUUGUGUCCUGGACAGUACCUCUUUUCCAUUGAAGAUCCAUUAUCUCUGUUAUCAUCUUCACAGACUGUGAUGCUCAAACUAGGGCUCCGUUUUAAUUGGUCUUAACCGUUUUUAUCCAUUAGUAGCUGCUUUUUGUACAUAGUUUUCUGUAGCAUUUUUUGUGUUCGCACUUAGGUUGCGUGAAUAAAUAAAAGCUAUAAUUUAUUGCUGUCGUUUACACUGGGCUUAUGCUUGAUUUAAGAAGGUUGCUUUUUGUACCUGUUUUUUACUGUAAAAAUAAAAGUGUCCUGUACUUUCCAUGA